CUCUCAAAACCCCCGGACGAAAAACACUGCACAAAAUAUACAAACGAACAUAUGCCGCCAAUCCAGCGUGAUCAAGACACAAAAGCACAGUCAGUCAUCGUACUCGUACUACAAACAACAACCUAAGAAGAUAAACCACCACCACACCACUACCGCCGAGGAGUGAGUGCGAGUGAGUUUGGCUGCUUGGCUGAUUGAACUGAAAUGAACUAAACUCUAAACUUGUUGGUUGGCUUAAACAGACUGAAGAAGACGGUGAAUAACAAAAACAUAGAGUUUAUUGUUGUUUGUUACCGUGUUCUCUGGGCUUUGUGGCGGCUGUGGGGCAUUGUCUGGAAAAAACUUUUCUUCCAAACAAAACAAAGAAGACGUACACAGACGGACGGCCACGAAACAAUAGCAAGAGCAACAGUAACACCACCACCAACAGAAACAACAACAAAAACAACAAAAAUUGCAUGAAAUGAACUUUAGACUCCUCUAAAGUUUGCGAACACGAUCGACCCGACGACUGCCUGAGGAGGAGACGACCGACAGACGCUACCAACCAACCAACCAAGUUCUUUAUUACAAAUUCGGCAACGAAAACAUUAGUGCUUAAUGGCAAUUGCUAACCAAUGGUUGGGAAAAACGAAUCAAAGUCCUCGUAAUAAAAUCAUCGAAGAAGAACAACAAAACUUUUAUUAGUGUCAAUAGGUAUCUUUGAUAACAGCAACAGCAGCAACAACAACAACGAAAUUAUCAAAAUAGUCUUAAUAUCAACACCACCAUAAUAACAUAUCAUAAUGGUAUAUGCCGAUCGAUCAGCUGAAAUCACAUAUAGAAACAAUAACAAAAACACCAACAGCAAGAGUGAACCAUAAUUAAAUGAUACAAAACGAAACGAAACAAAUAAAUUUUUAAUUAAACUAAGAAUGCAAAAAAAACAUAUUAAUGAAAAAUCUAUUAUAUGUAUAAUUUGUGUCUGCUACAUAGGAGAAUACCAACGAAAAGUACGAACUGCAAAAUCGUAAAGUGGCAUUAGUGCCAAAGUGAAGUUGUGGAGUGGUGUGUGAAAAGUGACAAAUAAAUGACAAUCAUCUAAUGUGCCUCAAAUGCCAAUAUCCGGCAAGUGAAAAGUAAGUGCAUUCGACGAAAACUAAUUACAGUGGCCAGUCAGCCAACAAGCUGAUGCAUAGAAUAAACUGAAAAAAAGAAAGGUGUCUUGUUUUUUGCAGAAAGUAAACGGAUACUAAAUAAAAUACUCUUUGCGAACGAGUGACACAGAGGCUCAUCUGAUUAGCGAAAAUUUUGCUCUCACGUAGAUAAACAAAACUUUUCACUUGGCACGACGGCUGAUUAUGAGCAUGAACACAAUGACCGCUCAUGAACCCAUAAACUAUCUGGACAGCAUCCUUAACGAAGAGGAGAAACGCUGCGAGUACAGUCAUCAGUGGCGGAAUUUCACAAUAUCGCGUUCAGGUCGGUUCAAAUCUAAAAACAAACAUCGCAAUGUUGUCGAUGGCAAAAUGUUUGAUCGCACCACAGCGACAACAGCAGCGACAUCUUCAUCGUUGCCAGCAACAUCGUCCACAACGACAUCAGCUUCAAUGACAUCCUCCUUUGAUAAGGAUAAAAAGAUCUCAUCACACUAUGGUUCUUCAUCGAAACCAUCGAAAUCCUAUCAAACGCUAACAACUUCAUCAGCUAGAUCGAUCUCAUCAUCAUCACCAGCAGCAUCAUCAUCGUCAUCGUUCACCACUUCGACAUCCAAUAACCGGCAACGUGACAAAGUAGAUUCCUACAAAAGUUACUAUGAAACGAAUUUAUAGACUUUGUCUUUCUUCUUCUCGAACAUCGAGUGGGGCAGCCAGCCAGCCAGCCAGCAAGCAAGCAAGCCAAAUUCCAACACAAAAACAACGAUGAUUUUUUUUUUGUAUUAUUUCCGUUAUUUGUAUUAAAUAUUGUUUUAUUGUCCUCCUCUAUUUCUACAUAUAAAUAAUUGUAGUUUCUUACUGUUACCCCAAAAAUCGAAUUAGAGUUCAAUAUUGGGUAACAAAAACAACAACAUUGAAGUACUUACUUGUUGUACCAUACAUGCAUACAUACAUGCAUGCAUACAUAUAUAAGUAUAUCAUAUCGAUUGAGUUAUAUGAUGCCGAAAGAAUCCAGCAAGCAACAAUGAAAUACCCUCUACACUGGCAAUUGGAUUUCUUUUGGGCAAUUAUAAAUAUUUAUUUAAGAUAAAAUAGGAAAGAAAGAAAUUGAUGUCUAAGAAUAUGAGACAAUGAUGGAAGUCAGUGUUAAAACGAACCCAUUUGACUGUAUUAUUAUAUAUGAUUUUUUUCAAAGAAAAAAAAAAACACACACAAUACCUUUGCAUAACAUUUUAUAGAGGUUAUAAAGGCGCAACUGAGUUCAGAUUAGCAAACAGUAAAACCUUCCAGUUUAAGUUCGUCAUUGGUUUGUUAAGGUCUUCGGUGUUGCAACAAACCAUCUAGAAUGGGGGUAUGAUAAUUUGUCUUCACUCUAUUUGCAACACAUCGUAAAUAUCAUGCCCAGCCCCUAGAAAAUUUAGAUAUUCGCUUCCCUAAGAUGAUAUCCGUAUAUUCAUCAGUCAUAUUAACGCCACACUUCUUUUAAUUGGGGCCAUCGAGCUGAAACUAGGUACAGAUGAGGUUUUUUGCCCAUGGUCAACUCAAGUUCGAAGAUAGCUACUAUUGGACUAUGUCAUGAUAUAGCCUCCCAUUUCGACCGAUGUUCCAAAUUUACUUCUUGAGGGCAUAAACAAUGAAUUUUAUUAAUUAAUUAAUAUUAAAACAGUGAUUUAUAUUGGACCGUUCAACAUAGGUCCAUUAUGCCUUCAGAUAGUACCCCGUCGUUGCAUUUGUAACACCUUGAAAUGUUUAGUUAUGCUGAAAUAUUUGCAAGUUGAAUUGUAUAAGGAGGACUGCCAGCAUGCGUAGUAACUGUGGUGCAUAUAGUCAAUAAUCGGGAGGCCACCGUAGCGCAUGCCCGCCUAUGACACUGAACGCGACACUGGCGAGACCAUCAGAAAAAAAUUGGUGGUUUUCCCCUCCUAAUUCUGGCUACAUUUGUGAGGUACUAUGUCAUGUAAAACUUCUCUCCAAAGAGGUGGCACGCUGUUCGGACUCGGCUAUAAAAAGGAGGCCCCUUAUCAUUGAGCUUAAACUUGAAUCGGACUGCACUCAUUGAUAGGUGAGAAGUUUGCCUCUGUUCCUUAGUGGAAUGUUUAUGGGCAAAAUUUGCAUUUGCAUAUAGCCAACAACCUAAUUUAUGAGGCGACUUUGGUUUGUAACUCAAUUAUAGGUGAGUUGCCAGAAGAUAAAAUAAGUUAGUAUAAAGUUAAAAAUUGAUGGCAAUGUCCUAUAAUAUCAGUGUUUUAAAAAUAAUGCAAUUCAAUGGAAGUUUCUAUAAUAAAAAUGUCCAUUGCUUAGUUGGGUUGUAAUAAUCGGACCAUUGGCUUCUACAUAGCCCGAUCUCUCGAUAUUACUUCUUGAAGAACCAAUUUUAAUCCAAAUAGCACCUAUUUUAAUACCUACCACGAAAUAGCCAUUUAUAAACCUUGAUCGUAGUAAAUUCAAAAACGAUCCGUCUGUAGGCGAUAAUCACGCUAAAGCCCUCAACCAUUGGCAGUUUAAGUUCGAAAAUUUGCUAUAUCGGACUAUAUGUUGAUAUAGGCCAUAUAUAGACUGAUCUUCCGAUAAAGCCUUUUGAGGUCAUAAAAGUCUUCUUUUUGAACCAAUCUCGGUGAAAUUUGGAACAGUGAGUUGCAUUAGGCCUAGAGCUGGAAGACUAUCGAUAUUCGCCCUCUUCGAUAUGUACAUAUGUCCCUUAUUUACAACUGGAGUAUAUUAAAUGUAUUACAAAAAAAUAUGACCAAUAGUAAAAAGUUCAGUGUGAAUAUAGUACACCAACAAGAACUCUCCAUCGAACUCUAUCGCUGGCCAAAGCCUUGGCUUGAUUCCACGAUAUAUAAGUUGAUUCCAACUCUGUUGUUGAUGUUGUCGUAGCCACUCGCCGCGGUAACAUGAUGGGCAUCGGUUAUUUAAAGGCGCCAAUAACUCGCUUUGUCAUAUCGAGCAUCAUAGGCACUCAGUGUUUAAGCAAGAGCCAGUGCCAUCCGGCUUCUCAUUGAGACGCUCCACUCGUCACCGCUGAUUGUCCGCGACUGUAGUUGCAGCUACUUCGUGGACGGUAUCUCGCAGCUAAGCUUCUCGUGAUAACGAAGAACACCACACAUAUUGGAGCUCAAAGUUCCAGCCUGUGUGAUGCUCAUAGUUAUCCGGUGCCGGGAUAACUCUCUUCCAACUCUUUUUUCGUACAGCGAAUUCAGGUGUUUCUAGGGUGUCCCCUUCUUCGCUGUUCUUGCGGAUUCCAGUCUAGGAAAUUUCUCAUUAUAUCAUCGUGUGGCCGGCGUAAGAUAUGACAUUUUCGAUAUUUAUACUCUACACCCCCACUGUGGUACAGGGUAUUAUAACUUUUUGCGUUUGUUUGCAACGCUUAGAAGGAGAAGAGCCAGACCCAUUGAUAAUUAUACUGAUCGGCUUAGAAUCACUUCCUGAUUCGAUUUAGCUAUGUCCAUCUGCCUGUCUGUCUGUCCAUGUAUUCUUGUGAUCAAGUUACAGGUCGCAUUUAUUGUCCGAUUGUCAUGAAAUUUUGCAAAAGUCCUUUUUUUGGCCCAAGGACGAACGCUUUUGAUUUUGAAAAAAAAUCGGUUCAGAUUUAGAUAUAGCUCCCAUAUAUAUCUUUCAUCCUAUAUGGCCUUUUAAAGGCUGUAGAAGCCACAAUUUUAGUCCGAUCUUUACAAAAUUUGUCGUGAGGUGCUUCAUUUGACGUCUUCAUAUGUGUGCCAAAUUUCAUAGAAAUCGGCUCAGAUUUAGAUAUAGCUCCCCUAUAGAUCUUUUAUCCGAUAUGGACUUUAAAGGCUGUAGAAGCCACAUCUUCAUAAAAAUCAGUUUAGAUUUAGAUAUAGCUCCUAUAUAUAUCUUUCAUCCGAUUUGGACUUUAAAGGAUGUAGUAGGCACAAUUUUCGCCCGAUGAGUUGUUUUGUUUAAAGUCCCAAUGCGAGUGCAAAAUUUCAUAUAAAUCGGUCUAGAUUAAGACUCCCAUAUAUAUCUUUUGUCCGAUAUGGUCUUUUAAGGCUGUAGAAGCCACUAUUUUAGUCCGAUCUUAACAAGAUGUAGUACGAGGUGUUUUAUUUGACGUCUUACUACGCGUGCAAAAUUUCAUUAAAUUCGGUUUAAAUUUAGAUAUACAUAGGUCCCCGAUAUAUCUUUUAUCUCAAAUAGAAUUUAACCUGUAGAAACCACAAUUUUCGUCCGAUUUUCAUGAGAUUUAAAAUCCAAUGUAUAUAUUUUAUCCGAUAUGGACUUUUAAGACAGUAAAUGCCACAAUUUUGGUCACAUCUCUACAAUAUAGGGCGUGAGAUGUUCUAUUUGACGUCCCAGUAUGUGUCAUCAAAAUUGGCACAGGUUUCGAUAUAACUCCCAUAUAAUGUUUUAUCCGAUAUGGCCUUUAAGAGUGGGGAAAUCCAAAUUUGUUAUCCUAUCGUAGGAAAAUCUUACAAUGUUCUAUUUGAUAUUUCAAUAGGUAUCCAAAUGAAAGUCUGACUAGAUUUCGAGAUAAGUUCUACAUAUAAAAACUAUUACGUACACCAGGUGGUGAAGGGUAUUAUAUAGUCGGCUCCGCCCGACUUUUGCCUUUCCUUACUGGUUUUUGAUUCUGUUCCUCAUGCAAAAGAUUUAAGAUUUCCAUCGUGCCGUGUCUACGUAAUUCGGAUGUCACAAUAAAACAGCACCUGCUUCAAUAUUUACGUGCGUCAAUGUAGCAUUUGCAAUAGCCUCGUCAACUUGCGAGGUGGGUCGAACAUUUUAUUUAUAUCGUAAUUAAUGUCAUACAAGAAUGUGUUGGUGUUACUUUGUGUAUUUCGCCCAAAACACCUGAAUGUAGGCAGUUAGCAACCAUAAGACCAACCCGGGAUAUUUGAUAUUUUUUGCAUUUAUUUCAUUUAGAGAAGUUUUAGAAUCAAACUUAGGUUAGGGUAGGUUGCAACGGUAGUUAUCCGCCGCUUCACGCUUGAUCCAUUGUGUUCGUCCUAAAAAGCGAUGAAAUAAGAGAGAGUGAAACGAAAGUAGAUAUAGAGAACUUUGACAUAUGGGCAAAGCACAUGUAUACGGAGAUGAAAGGGAGACAGAGACGUCUCUCUCUCUCUCUGUCUCCUGACAGAGGCUGACUUACAGAAACUGAAAAACCUCGUAGACUGUAGUUCCGCCUCGUCAGCCUUCCCAGGCUCCUACAAAAGCCCAGAAUGAUAAUAGGGUCGAGUUAGAGAGCUUAAAGAAGAAAGGAGGUGAUUAUCAAAAAUCUUACGCCUUUUUCGUUCUCUCCCAGCACAUCAAAUGUUCGACCGUCUCCAAAUCCUUCUCAUCCCCACAGAAAUUCCUCUCAUUUGAGCCCGUCUCGAUGUCAGUUAUCUGAAAUCGCAUACAUUAUGAGUGUCUGGCAACACACUGCUACGACAACAACAACAAUUCUAUAGGGCACCCCUACCCUACACACGAAAUUUUUUGAAGAACCCCCGCGGGGAAUUUCAAAAAAUUUAAUCAUAUGUUUAAUUGAUCCAAUUAAAAAAUUAAUUGAAAAUUUCAACAUUUUCAAUCAUUUUUUAAUUGGAUCAAUUAAAAAAUUAAUUGAAAAUUUCAAUCAUUUUUUAAAUUGAAUUUGUUUUCAAUCACUUAUUCAAAAACGGUGAUAGAUAUUAUCCUUUCCGUGAUUGAAGCGAUUAAAAAAUUAAUUUGAUCAAUUAGUUUCGUGAUUGAAACCGAUUUUUAUUUUUUCUGUGUAAUUAAAGUCGCUGACUAUUUUAAAGUUGUAGUUAUGAACAUACAGCGUUUGUUUCAGCCCAGAGAGGGGUGAAAUAGAAUUCAUCUAGAGGUUAAUGGCACCCCAACUUGGAAAACUCUCUGUUUCACUGUACUAGGCUUCGCAUUCUUAUACCUGAAUUCCACAUUCUACUGGCACCUAUAAAAGGAAUUCACGACCCAACGCUUCAGUAUCGGCUGGAAGGACAUUUUGGGGAUAUCUUUAAAAAGCGUGACAUGACUGACCAUCUUCGACGGAUCCAGAUCCGCGACUUAAUCGGUUGUUGUUGUAGUAGCAGUGUGUGGUACACUGAGGCGGCAGCCCUUGCCGAUGAAGGAAUUCAUCGGGUCAAUCCGGUACAUACAACCGGCUGCCAUGGGAUUGAAGCUUAGCACUUGCAACUUCUGCAACUAUGCUCAAAAUAAGUAGUGCCUCAAGCGCCUAAGGAAAAUUGGCGAGAGAAGGAAAAUUGGACUUUAAGAUUCUUUCUUAAUCGAAUCCUUUGAAAGCAUUCAAAUCCGAAGGAGUAAACAAACCUAAGCGCUUGCAACGUUGUAAGUGUAAAUUGGUUAGGUUUGUAAGUGGACCAAAUAGGUCCAGGUUACCAUGAAGUUUCUAUAUAAACCGAUUUCACAAUGUGACUUCUCGAGCUCUAGAGGUCGCAGUUGUUAUCCGAUUCCGCUGAAAACAUAUGCCGGUGUGACCUGUGGUUUCGCCAAAAAUAGUUUUCCAUUUUCAUAUUCGUUUUACCAAAUAAGUAAAUAUAGGUGACCGCCAAUUCACACGAAAUAAUUUUUUCGAAGUCAAAGUUCGAAAAAUUAAAACAUAUGCUCUGUCUAUAAAUUCAUACAAUUUGCAGAAACAAAAGUUAAUAAAAGAUAGAAAGAGGAAAAAAAACCUUGGACUUGUAAUUUGUUUUAAAAUUUAAAAAUCAACCCCAACAUUUUUUACAACAUAUGAAAUAUGUUGAGACCAAAUUGUAGAUUUUUUUAAUCUUAUUUUAGCGCACACUGAAGUGAUUUUUUUAACCCAGAAACUAGGUUAGGUUAGGUAAGAGUGGCAGUCCUUUACAAACUCACUUAGACAAUUUUAGGUCCAUUGUGAUACCACAGUAGCGACAGACCAAGGCUUCUGGCGGGAAUCAAUCCCACGACCCCUGCACUGGUAAUCCAAGCACGCUAUCAACUCGGCUACCGGGGCGCCAACCCAAAAACUAGUGACACAAAAAAAAAAACACCCAAAAGUGGUUAUUGAACAGUUGUUUUGUGUUUUUAAGGUGUAUUUUCGUAUAAGGAGGAAUUCACGUUGUUUUCAUCAUAAAAUUUUUAAUGAAGUGGUUUCACAGUUUUUUGUUUUUGGUGAAAUUUAUCAUACGGGUCACCUCAUUUUACAAAUAUUUCACAUUAGCCUGCGAAACGAAACUAAGGUCAUACCCGAGUACCUUGGUAUGUCUUCCAACAUACAUUUCAUGUAUGGUUCAAAUAGUUACAUAAUCAGAUAUGGAUCUCCUAUUAGCCAAUCUCUCGAUUUGACUCCUUGAGCCGCUAGAGGGCGUAAUAUUUGUUCGGUUUGGAGUAGAUUUUGAUCUUAGUGUUUUUUAUGACUUGCAAACAUUCAAACCCAGUUUAGUCUGGACCAGUUGAUAACCAGAUAAAGCUACCAUACAUAUCAAUUUUCCGAUUUGAUUUUAAUUUGCUGAAAUUUUGCACCUGCCGUUUUUUAUGUAAUCUAAUGUGGUUGUAGCCACAUUUUCAUAUGGGGUUGGCGAUUCUCGUCAAGCUCUUUUAUACUAGGAAAUUUGUUCCAGUCUAUACGACCGAUAGCUUCGGGAACAUGAUGGCCAUGGGUUAUUUAAAGGCGCCAAUAACUUGCCUUGUCGCAUCGAGCAUCACAGGCACUAUGCAUUUAAGCAAGAGCCGGUGGCACCCGGCCUAUCACUGAGACUCUCCCCUCGAUACCACUGUUUGUCCGCGACUGCAGUUGCAGCCACUCCGUAUGGAGCAUUGCACUAUUCGCAACCUGCGGACGCGCCCGGUAGCUCCCAGCUAAGCUUCUCGUGAUAACAAAGAACACCACACAGAUUGAAGUUCCAAGUUCCAGCCUGUGUGAUGCUCAUAUUUAUCCCGUGACAGGAUAAUCAUGCUAAGUAUUUGGCGAAUCGACCCAUAACCUGAUAUAGCUCUAAUUAAAACCGAUCUGUUUCUUAGAAAAAAUAGUCCAAAGGCGAUAUUGGAUAAAUAAUAUUCGGCCCAGCCCCAACCCCAACUUAAUGCGCCUUUAUGUGUCAUUUUUUAAAUGGUUUUGGCCACAUAUGCAUCAAAUCGCAAAACUUAAGGUUCACCACGAUGGAAAAAACUUUAUAACUAUGAUCUUAAAAAUAAUUACAACUAAUUUUAUGCAAUAAAAAAGUCGAGACCCAAUAAAAAUGAUCAGCUAUAUAAAAGAAAAUACUUUUAUAUUGUCGAUUUUGAAAUUUUGUAAUAACUCUUUAUUUGUAAGACCAAAUAUUCAAGAGCAAAGUAAAUUUUUCACAAUUCUUUGACAUUUCUACUUUGUUCAGUAAAUUUGUGCGGAGGCAAAAAAUUAACUACAGCCGACUAAAAUUGCCAAAAAAAAAAAACAAAAGAAAAUAUAUACGAGUACUUAAAUUAUUUAGAAAAAAAGAAAAGAAAAAUGAUUUGCUUAUAAAUUUUAAAUAUUGUAAGUUAAUUUUUAAAAUACUUAAUGCAACUACUAUUAUUUACAAUGUUCUAGAUUUAAAAGCAAAUAUACAUACGUAGUUUUUUUUAAGUUUACCCAUGCAGACAAGUAGGCAGUUAAGUUGAAAAAGUUUACAAGUAUUUUUUUUUUCUUUUUUUUUGUGGAAAAAUAAACGUGAUAAAGUCCCUUAGUAAUGAUAAUGAUUACAAAUAAAACUCCAUUGAAGUAGAAUAAACGAGAAAGUAGGAAAGCCUUUGCCUCAGUUUGAGAAUUGGAAUGGAAUGAAACAACGACAUUAUGGAAAUUGUAUUAUAUGUAUUUGAAUCGUAGUAGUAUUUUGUUCUUAAUUAAAAAUAAUUGCUUUUAUAAAAAUACAUACACUUUAAAAAUAAAUUACAAACAUUCACAGUUUGG